AUGGCAAAGAGGACCGCUCCCACCACCAGCACCGCCGGACCCGCGUUCCCUCCGCUCGGUCUCGUCGUCGGUCCUGGUGCUCCAGCAGCAAACUCCCUCCACCAUGGCUCACAUUCCAGCCCUCACUCUCACAACGCGUCCAGUUCGCCACCACCAGAACCACCACAACCUGCUAAUGGUCUGCCACCAGCGCCCAACAAGUUUGAUGUCAGCCAAGCGCAGCAGUGCCGUUUGCAAGAUGCCUACUGGUCAGAUGAAGAGGAGGACAUGGACUGCCCAUUGUGCUUGGAAGAGAUCGACCUCUCGGACGCAAACUUCAAACCGUGUCCCUGUGGAUAUCAAAUCUGUCGAUUUUGCUGGCAUCACAUUAAGCAGAACCUCAACGGUCGCUGUCCCGCAUGUCGUCGCAAAUACUCGGACCAGACCGUCGAGUUCAAGCCCAUGACCGCCGAAGAGAUCAAGCGACUCACCCAGGCCAAGAAGCAAAAAGAAAGAGAAAAGAAGGAGCUCGAAUCCAUGAACCGCAAGCAUCUUGCCAACAUGCGUGUCGUCCAAAAGAAUCUCGUCUACGUUGUCGGUCUCAGCUCCAAGCUUGCCAAGGAGGAGCUCAUCCCCACCCUCCGCAGCAACGAGUACUUUGGUCAAUACGGUCGCAUCUCGAAAAUCCUCAUCAGCAAACGAAACACAGCAUCCAAGCUCGUCAUGGGCACCUCUGAAACUGCGCUCGGCGUCUAUGUCACCUACCAUCGCAAGGAAGAUGCCGCCAAGGCUAUCGUCGCCAUCGACGGCAGCAAGGGAAGCGAUGGCAGGAUCAUUCGCGCCAGUUACGGGACCACAAAGUACUGCACCACCUACCUGCGCAACCUGCCGUGCACAAAUCCCGGCUGCACCUACUUGCACGAGCCGGGCGAAGAGGCCGAUAGUUUCACCAAGGAAGACCUCUCCACCUUGCGCCACGCCGCCAAGGAUACCGAGCACAAGAUCAAGCCCGCGUCGUUAGGUAUCACUCAGCCGCCAAAACGUUCCGACUUUCUCGGCGCCGCGGAUGUGGAAUCGUCAGCCUUGCCCAAGACAGCUUCGUGGGCCUCGGGCAAACCCAUGUCGGCGGCCGCUUCGCCUGCGCCCCUCGUUGUUGGUAGCCCCUUCCGGGACUCGGACCUGCCUCCGCUUUCCGCCAGCUCGGCAUCUGCGCUGGCAAGGAAAGUGAGCUCACAGAAGCCUUCGACACCCAAGGCGCAGAAGCAGCCCUCUUCCAAGUCCAAGCUUGCAUUGGCAACAGGGCGACCCGACUCGCCCGCUCUCCUCGGCACCGAUUCGCCCAGUCAGUCGCAGCCGUCUUCGCCCGUUCCCAGCAGGGCUAUUGCUGCUGCCUCGGCAGAAUUUGGCACGACGGCAGCAACAGCACCGGCUGCUGCUGCUGCCGUGGCGGCUGCGGCAAGUACGCCUCGAAAGGACACGUCCACACAGAGCAGGGUCACGUCCACCGCGAACACUACUGAUGCUGCGUUCCUUCCACCUCCUGGACUCGUCAAGCCCUCGUCGCCUCCCGGUCUGGCAAGAUCCGCCUCGACCACAGACUCGCGACCGGCAACGCCCCGCACCGAAAGCGACCAUCCCAAGUCCAACUAUCAGCCUUCAUCGAGUGCACAGGCGUUGCUCGAUGAUAUGCUACAGAGGCGCGAAGCGGAGCCCGAGCUUGUCAAGCCCAGUCCCUUUCCCGAUUUUGACGAUGCGCUCUCUAGCUUCAAAGAUGGCGAUUUUUCGUUCAAUUUGCCCGCCAACCCACAGCUCGCCGACAACGAAGGGCCUUCCGAGCUCACCAGCGCUUUUACUACGUUCAGUCCCUUUGGUGCGCCACCUGGCGUUCUGGCCGCCCACGCCAGCCUAGUCACCGCCGGCACGCCUCCUCCCGGCAUCGUGCGAACGCCGAACCGAAGCACGACCGCUUCCCCGGCUCCGCUCAGCUACUCGGGUUCUUUUGAUCCGUUUGCCCCUGGAGCUGGAGAGACGAUCAAAGAGCAUGGCUCCUCGUUCGCAGACAGCAUCUAUCCGCCGUCGUUCAACGUUGCAGAUCCCACUAGGAGGACUUUCGCUGACAGUGGCAUCGCAGGUUUAGCGAGUGACGAAGCGCUCGAGUCUGGACAGGAAGCUUCGAAACGCGCCUCGCGCUUUGACUUUGCCAAGCGCAAGGAGUCGGACUCGUUCAUGACCGCCUCGCCCUUGCGCACCGAACUCAUUCAGGGUUUCCGCGGCGAUAGUGAGGGCUAUGGCGCUGGCAAGGACGUGGCAAGCCUGCUGGGCAGUGUGUUUGAUCAGGAUCCCUCGGCGGUCAAUCGGCUGAACGGCCUUGGGGACGGUGGAGCAUCGGCAGCAGCAGCGUUUGGAGCUCAUGGCCGCGAGACCGGUGGUUUCCCGGGCAUGGGGUUGUCGAGGCCUCCGCCGGGGAUUGGCGGACCUGGAUUCGGCGGGCGCUUCGGCACCAACACGCCGCCUCCCGGCAUCUCAGCGCCUGCGAGUCGUCAGCAACAAGCUCUGCUGGCGUCGUUGCAUCAGUUGGGCGGCAACAGUCUCGGCAGUGUUUCCGAGUCGCUCCAGCAACAGCAAUCGCAGCAGCAGCAAUCGCAACUCACCAACGGCAGCGGUGCCAGCUUCCUCGCCGAACUCCAGCAGCAGGCAGCACAGCGAGCACAGCAACAAGCGCAAUUUGUUUCGGGCAGGGAUCCCUCGGAGGGCAGCCGACCCAAUGGAAGCAGCAAUGCCAAUCCGUCUGAUCCGCUCUUGGCUCAUUUGCUGGCGGGCCGUCGCACCAACUACGGCGGUCAAAGUGGAGGUUCGGAUUUGCCGUUUGGUGAUCCUGCCAUCAUGUCGAUGAGUCGUGCUCAGAUUCAGGCUGCCCAUCAACAACAGCAGCAGCAGCAGCAGCAGCAGCAGCAAUUUGGCGGUGGUACUCGAUAUGUCGGAAGCAUGGGCGGAUUCGGCGGCGUCUCUUCGUUUUCGCCUUUCGAUCAGAUCAGCAAUGCCAAUGCAGGGUUCGGGUCUGCAUCGCAGUAUGCCGAUCAUCAGCGCUUUGUUCAGCAGCAGCAAGGCCAAGGGCAGAGCCAGGGUCAGGGACAGGCUUCUCCUUAUCCCAACAUGUCUUGA